GCUCUCGUGUUUCAAAUUUCUCAAAUCUCCACCACCACUCCAGGUCCAGGCCAGCUAUUCCAGCUCUCCGAAUACUUCCCCCAUUCGUCUCCCGCCCCCCUAUCCUUAUCUUGUCAUGUAAUUGGCGCCACGUGUAGCGUUAUCUAGGCGUGAUGUGCGAGUGUCUUCGGUGGGUAGUCUUUGAGGCACGUCGACCCACGUGUUACUUGCCAUCCUUCUGAACCAGGUUGUUUAUAUCGUUAGACCGUUGAAUCGCACCCAACUUUGCUACCGUUACAUCCUUGCCAUUUUCGCGGCAAUAUCGAGAGCGGGUUGGACGGCGAGAAGACCCGCGCCUGGUCCGCCAUGGGCAAAACGGAGGCGCGCACGACGAGCGGCUCCCGGGACGAGCGGGAGGAACGGGAGGGGCGGCGCUGGUCGCGGAGCUUGGGGAAACGAGAGGAUGUGGAUGGGGAGGAAGAGACGGAGGUAAGACGAAUGGAAGGAGAGGGGGGGGGUGAUGGAGAGGCGGCGAGGGGAUCAGACGGGGUGCCGUGUGCUGGAAUGAGUGCUGCCAGUGGCCACGGCGCUGCUGCUGCUGCUUGCCCUCGCUCCACAGCCGCUCCACCAACCUGCCCUCCAGCGGGCCACGCACGCAGCGGUGCGGGCGCGGAGGAGAGGGGCCCUGGGAAGGGCAGGGGAGGAGGAGUGAUGGAGAGAGGGAUUAUUAGUGUUGGGCCCUUGGUGCACCGUGCAGAGGAGAGGGCGGAGGGGGUUGCGGGGAGUGAGGAUGGCGGGGAGAGCGAGAAGGCAGCAUGGGGCAUGCUGGGGAGCAUGUCUGAGAUGAUCGCAUGCCUGCAUGCCUCCAUGCACAUGCGUGUGCCCAUCACUGCACUCCCGUGCCUGCAUGUGCGCACUCUGGGUGUGGCACCUACAAUACCCGCACAGCCAGUGCAGAAGCAAGAAGCAUUGCGGCCGCCAUCACCUGCGCCCCUGCAUAUGGCCGCGGUGUCAGCAGGAGUGGGCGCUGAGCUGGUGCGGCUGGUGGGGCGGGCCUCGCCGUGGGGUGUUGCUGGGGGCACAGGGAGGGUGCGGCGAGUGGCUCAGGCUGUGAGGGACGUGGUUGGAGGGGCGGGUGUGGGGCAAGGAGCAGAUGGGCGUGCGUGGCAGCAGGGAACUGAGCACGCCAUGCUCAAUGGUGGUGCUGGGCUUGUGCCAUUUGCUGACGUGCGUGCCGUGUGUGAUGGCGAUGGGACUGCACUCAUGCUUGGGAAAGCUGCGCCACACGACCAGACUUCACAGCAUGCACUGCAGCAGCAGCAGCCCAGCACCAGGGAUCAGCCCUCCACGCCCCCCAUGCUGCACGUGCCAGUGGCUCCCCUCACUGCUCCCCUGGCGGCGCCCUCCCCCGGGCAGGGCGAGGCAGCAGCAGCAGCAGCAGCAGCAGCAGGAGCGGGGCAGUGGGGAAUGGAGGAGGCGGUGGUGGCAGGGUCGGAGAGGUGGGGCGAGGAGGAUGCAGGGCGGGUCAUGGCGGCGGUGGCGGCUCGUCACGCCACCAUGGUGGCCCUGGGGGAGGAGGGGCAACGUGUGGCAGCGGCAGUGGCGGCUAUGCGCACAGCGUACGGCAUAGAGGGGCCAUGCCAUGCUGCUGGCGGCACAGGGGCCGGUGCUCAGUCACACCAGCAAGGCGGCACCGUGCCGCCAUCAGAGCACGCCCAACACCCCGUCCUGCUGCUGCCGUGCAUGCUGGACCUGCCUGGUGUGCCCUGUGCUGUGUGUGCGCGCCCCGUGUCAUCCCGCUCCUCUCUCAUCUGCGACACCUGUGACUGCCCCACGCACACACGCUGCCUCGCCUCCUCCCCGCCUGCUGGCACGGGCCGAGGCAGAGGCAGAGGCAGGAGCAGGGGGAGGGGGCGGGGGCGUGGGCGAGGGAGGGGACAGUGGCAGGCGGUGGUGGGGGAGGGGGUGGGGGAGAGUGUGCUGGACGAGUGGCACUGUGCCCCAUGCAGGGCGGGCAGGGAAGCUAGUGGGCAGAGCAUUCUGCCCAAGUAUGGGCCGCUCAGGGCCAGGCCUGAUGCACCGCUACUGCUCACAGACUCCGGAGCAGGACAAGCGGACAGAGAGGGCGGCAAGAGCUGAGUAGCUAGAAAUGAUGGUGCAGUAGACUGUGGAGUAGAAUGCACAUGGGAGUGCUGCGCCUUGUGUGUGGUGAGCAGUGCGGCCAGUAAUCCUUGGGUUAUGUGUAGCCCUGUAGACUAGUUCUACCAUAGCAUGUACAA